AUGGUUCACAGGUUUCAUCAUGUCCAUUACCGGGUAUACCUGGCAGUUGACGUCAACUGCCAGGUAUACCCGGUCCUGGCGGACCACGUGCAAGCACUUAAACGCUUUCGUUUUCACUCAAAAAAUUGUUUGAAUAAUUUUAAAAAUUACGUUUUUAUACCAGGUUUGAACGGGUGUUUAGAAGAUGCCUUUCUCUUGCGCUUCCUGCGGGCACGAAAACACGAUAUGCAAAAGGCGCUCGCACUUUAUAUGAACUACUAUGCUGUCCGUCUGCAAUAUCCGGAUGUCUUCAAAAACUUGAAACCCUCCCUUGUGUUCCACGUUUUUUCGAAUGGUAUAGUCUCUAUGCUGCCAGAGGCAACAAAGGAAGGCCAUCGGAUACUUCUUUUUCGACCAGCACUUUGGCAGCCGGACGAUUGGCCUAGUGCAGAUCUUCUGCGCGCCAAUGUGAUUGUUGUGGAGGAUCUUUUGCAGAACUACCACGAGACUCAGGUGCAUGGAUUAGUGGUGUUGGUGUCUCUGAGCGGGUUCGGUUGGAAGCAUGCAUGUCAACUUUCAAAUCUGGAUUUUGCCCGACGGGUAGCCCGUCUCCUCCAAGACACUACACCAGUCCGUGUGAAGGCUGUCCACUUGGUGAAUGAGCCCGUCAUGUUCAGCCGCGUCUUCGCGCUCCUCCAGCCUCUGCUGAAGCCCAAACAACAGCGCCGUAUUAUCUUCCAUGGAAAUUCCCUCAAAAGUCUGCAUGCCUACCUCCCGCCACACCUCCUACCGUGUAAUAUCGGCCUUGAGGGCACGGGACCGCCAGCUCCGUCGCCGGUAAGUUCAGCACAGAGCAGAUGCUGUUUUCGUGUAUAUUUCAAAAUGCUUUAA